AUGCGGCGCCUCGCCUGGCUCGUCUUGGCGACGGCCCGCGCGGCCCCGGACACCGACACGCUCCUCGCCCGCGCCGCCGCCCUCGAACGCUGGGUCAACCGCACCGGCCCCGCGCCGGCGAGCUGGACCAUCUAGUAUUGAAAAGCGUCCCUCACGAGCCUGACGUGGCCGCGCUGCUCCGACGCGCCGCCGCGCUCGACGCCUGGUGGGACAAGGGCACGCCGCCGCCGGCCUGGACCGUCUCGGGAGCGACACAGGUCCGUCAACCGUGGCGCCGCAUCGGCGCGCAGGCCAACGCGAAGGUCGUCUACCGCGCGACCGUCGACCGCGACCGCGGCGCCGGCGUCUACGGCAUCGAGUCGGUCGUCGUGAAACGAAGCCAGAAAUCAAGUGAUGCGGGCGGCGGCACUUUAUAUCUGGAAAUGCUGUACCUCGAGGUUCUCCGGGGCGCGCCGGGCGUUCCUCGGUUAUACGGCGCGUGGCGUGACGGCAAGCACGUCACUUAUGUGGUUGGCGAUUGUGGGGACCCCAUCGGAAAAGGUCCGCCCGAGUAUGGGACCGCGCCGACCGUGCUCUCGGACGCGUUCCGACGUAAAGCUGAGGCGCAGCCGUUGCAACUGGCGCGGUCACUGCUCGCGUGCUUCCGGUCGUGGGCCUCGACAGGCCACCUCCAAAAUUCGUUCAAGGCCGAGCAGUUCACGAUGACUUAUAAAGGUGAGGUCUUCAUGGUCGACGGACCGCGGUUAUUGGCGAAUGCCCCGCUCGGCGAGGCCGUCCUGCGGACCUGGGGCAGCAAGCUCGGCGAGAGCGCGUUGCAGAAGUUCCUGAAUGCACAGCGUGUCAAGUGCGAAACGGACGACGACUGCCCUCCCACAAAAAAUAAUCACUCGUGCCGCCGCCCGGGGUCCUGCGAGGCCGGCGCGCGCGGCGCGCCCGAGGCGCGCGGGAAGUGUCUCGAGGGCACGUGUGCGCUUCUUUCCGAAAAGACACACGUCUACGACGUCGCCAACAGACCGUGGCUGCUCCCUUACAUCGCGGACCGAGCGACGGGCGGCGACCGGGCCUUUUUGCUCGCCUUGAUCCGCCACGCGUCGGCCGAGGAUCCAGACGACCGGCCGUCGUUCGCGGAGCUUGUUGGGGCGAUCGAUCGUCGCGUCGAUGGCGUAACCGUGAAUUAA